UAAUGUAUGGCUCCGAGUGCUGGGCAAUCAAAAAAGCUCAAGAGCAAAGAGUUCAUGUAAAUGAAAUGAAAAUGCUUAGAUGGGCGGCCGGCGUAACUAGACUUGAUAAAGUGCGCAAUGAGUACAUCAGAGGAAGUUUCAAGGUCGCUCCCAUCUCAGAGAAACUCACUGAACAGCGUCUAAGAUGGUAUGGACACGAAAUGAGGCGUGAAGAAAACCACGUAGUAAGGAGGGCACUAAACUUGCCAAAUAGAAGACGGGGUCUGGGACGUCCCCCCGCCACCUGGUGGUCUACCAUAUCAAAAGACAUGGAGAGAGCCCAAUUGAACAAACAGACAACCCAGGAUAGACCAUCCUGGCGCAUGAGAACGAGGAGAGCCGACCCCAAAUAAAGGGAUAAGGCAAAGGAAGAAGAAGAAGC